AUGGGUGCGGGAGCAAGCGCCGAGGACAAAAAGUCUAAGGAGUUGGAAAAGCAACUCCAAGAAGAUGCUGAUAAGGACUCUAAAACAGUCAAGCUAUUACUGCUUGGCGCUGGUGAGUCAGGCAAAAGCACCAUCGUAAAACAAAUGAAGAUUCUGCAUCAAGGUGGUUACACAAAAGAGGAACAAUUGGAGUUCCGAGCAGUCAUCUAUGGCAACAUCCUGCAGUCUGCUCUGGCUAUCAUCAGAGGCAUGGAGAUGCUGAGCAUUGAUUUCGGCUCGCCCGGUGCCCAGGAGCUUGCACAGAAGCUGCAGAACUUGUCAGACUCCAUUGAAGAAGGCACAAUGCCUGCUGAGCUGGCUGAUGUCAUCCAGAAGCUGUGGAAAGACUCUGGCGUGCAGGCUGGCUUUGACAGAGCUGCUGAGUACCAACUGAACGACUCUGCUGGCUACUACCUCAAUGAAAUGGACAGAAUCUGCAAGCCAGACUACCUCCCCACUGAGCAGGAUGUGCUGCGAUCUCGUGUCAAAACAACUGGUAUCAUUGAAGAACAGUUCUCCUGCAAAGAGUUGCACUUCAGGAUGUUCGAUGUGGGCGGCCAGAGGUCAGAGAGAAAGAAGUGGAUCCAUUGUUUCGAGGGUGUGACCUGCAUCAUCUUCUGUGGAGCUCUCAGUGCAUACGACAUGGUGCUGGUAGAGGACGACGAAGUGAACCGCAUGCACGAGUCCCUCCAUCUAUUCAACAGUAUCUGCAACCACAGGUUCUUUGCACUGACCUCCAUCGUGCUUUUCCUCAACAAGAAGGAUCUCUUUGAAGAGAAGAUCAAGAAAGUCCAUCUGAGUAUCUGCUUCCCAGACUAUGAUGGCCCCAACACGUAUGACGACGCCAGCGACUACAUCAAGAAGCAGUUCCUGGACCUGAACAUGAAGAAGGGUGUGAAAGAAAUCUACUCCCAUUUGACCUGUGCCACAGACACAAAGAACGUCGAGAUUGUGUUCAACGCCGUGACAGACAUCAUCAUAAAAGAAAACCUUAAAGAUUGCGGUCUCUUCUAAGCAGCUCCAGAGUGAAAAGAGAACUUCCUUUCCUACCUUAACCCCUCACACAUUGGCACUAACUGAGAAGUGUACUGUUGGAGCACAGAGGAUCCUCAGUUUGUUGUGUUCAUGCUAUCGCUUCCAUGCCAAGUCCCGGUCCUUGACUGCUCCUAGCACAUCACCACGUCCAACAGUACAUCCCUGCAACACAAUGCACGCCCAGCCGAGUUGAAACAACUAUCGAGUCACCAUAUUGUUGUUGUGGACAUACAUCUUUCUACAAGGUUUUCUAAAGUACAGUAUUUGUCUCACACCAGAAGCUGCUGGUUUGAAGGUAUGAAGAUGAAAUAGUUGCUCAUUCGAUCGUCGUUGCUCCCUUUUGACCACUGUGUUGUGAGUUAUGUAACUAUUAAAACCAAGCUCUGUAAAAAAUAAAUUAAACAAAUAAAA